AGUAAGCAUUCGUUAUGUCUUUAAGAUGCGAUAUUAACCAUGUUUCCUUCGUGGACCUUGUGGCUGUAAUUCAGCCGGAUACGUUUGUCUUGUCAAGCUGGCUAACAUGCUAGCUAACUAGCUAAUUGCUGUUACGUUAGCCCCGGUGCUAAACCGAAUCAAAAUGUUUGCCAAAUACAUAAUCUCUUGCGUAGUUUAUGUGUUUGUUUCAUUUUUACUGUCGCGGCAUCACUUGUCUGGCUUGUGAAUACGAUGGAUAAGGCUUACGCUUGCGUAUAAUGCUGCAAUGCUUUGUUUUUGUAUGGAUGUGAAUUAGCUAGCUUAGUGACAUAAGCUUAUUAGUUUGGUCGCUGUUUGGCAAAUGCUAUGGCUGUGCACCCACCCAAUGGGGAAUUUGACUCUGUCACAAGGAUAGUGUGCACUGAAGAUUGGCAGGAGAGGAUGCUGCUCUUUGCCAGGGCAAGGAACAGUGGGACACAGAGAGCCCCAGUGACUCAAGACCAGGCCAGUUGCUGGGUACUCAGAAGACGAGGAAAAAUAUGUGCAUCAUCUGCACGGCGUAUUUUGCAAGAUAGCAGACGAAAAAAGUAACACAUUGAAGCUGUAAAAUACAUACUUCUUAGAAACUUAACCAAACUACUAGUACUAACCUUGUGGGGAGGGGGAAGAUGAAUUUCCUGUCAACUUUUGUGACAUUUCAGAACCUCCAUGAGGUUCGAAGAUUGUGCCACUGGGGUCCGGUCAUAGCCCUGUCUGUCAUUGCUAUAUGCUCCACCAUGGCAAUUCUGGACUCCAUUAUCUGGUACUGGCCGUUAGACACUACGGGAGGCAGCAUUAACUUCAUCAUGCUCCUCAACUGGACUGUUCUCAUCCUCUACAACUACUUCAAUGCUAUGUUUGUUGGACCUGGAUACAUCCCUCUCGGCUGGAAACCAGAGACUCCACAGGAUACACAGUACCUACAGUACUGCAGAGUGUGCCAAGGGUACAAGGCCCCCAGAUCCCACCAUUGUCGCAAGUGUAACAGGUGCGUGAUGAAGAUGGACCACCACUGCCCCUGGAUCAACAACUGCUGUGGCCACCUGAACCACGCCUACUUCACCAGCUUCUUGCUGCUGGCUCCACUGGGCUGCUCGCACGCUGCCAUCAUUUUCAUUAUGACCAUGUACACGCAGCUCUAUGAAAGGAUAUCAUUUGGCUGGAGCACUGUAAAGAUCGACAUGAGUGCUGUGCGUCAAUUCCAGCCCCUCAUGCCAUUCAGUGUGCCCGCCUUUGCUGCCACACUCUUUGCCUUAGGUUUGGCACUGGGCACCACUAUUGCAGUCGGCAUGCUUUUCUUCAUACAGAUGAAAGUCAUCCUUAGAAAUAAGACCUCGAUCGAGUCCUGGAUCGAGGAAAAGGCCAAAGACAGAAUACAGCACUACCAAACAGGGGAGGACUUCAUCUUCCCCUACGACCUCGGCACCCGCUGGCUGAACUUCAAGCAAGUCUUUACAUGGUCAGGGACGCCCAAGGGUGACGGCAUUGUAUGGCCAGUCCAUCCCAAGUGUCACCAGCACACCUUAACUAUUGAGCAACUGAAGCAGAAAGCUGACAAACGAGUGAGAAGUCAGGUCCAGUACCGGGCAGUGGAGGACUAUAAUGGAGCUUGCUGCCCUCUGAGCAAAGGUCUCCAAACCUUUUUCAGAACCCCCUGCACUGAGGAGCCCAGGAUCCCCCUCAAUAAGGGGGACACCAUCCUGGCCACUCGGGGCACCAAAUGGUGGAUGUAUGGAGACAAAGUUUUGAACGAGGAGGAUACGAGAGCUGGAGAGCGUGUGAGAGGAUGGUUUCCCAGGCGAUGUGUGGAGAAGUGCCAUUAUGACACAGCUGCCAGUGAUAGCACCAGCGAUAAGAAAGUAAAUUAAUAUAUUUGAACAGGCUUUAUGUAGAGCAGGGGAGUUAAACUGAACGAGAGGUGUCUGUCCGUGUUCAUAAACAAACAUCCACUGAAGAUGUCAUGCCUGGUGCUGCAGGCUCACCAUCAAGAAUUUCGUACUUUGAUUACAAUUCCUCGCACAUUUCAAUACCAACUUGAAUUUUUUUAAAGGCAACAUCGUUCACAAAGUCUUACCGUGCACCUUGCUGUCAAAUAAUGUCUUAAAAGAGGACUGCAGAGUUGGACUGGUCCCCGCGGGUUCAGUUUGACUCCUCUGACCAAAACCCAGCAAGAGUCUUAAUUUCCAAGAAUUGCCACCAGGCUUUAAUGUGACUUCAUUGUGAUUACAUGACUUUUUACUUGAAUCUGUUGUUUUUACUUGUGUUGAUGUCCGUUUUUUGCUAAUUAUGCAAUGCCUCUGCCAAGCUAACCCCGGGACUUCAUCAUGCAACUCUUUCUACAGUAUGGAGAUAACACUUAAUUUCUUUUUAUUAUUUUUGUAAAAACAAACUGUUGGCCUCAAACUAUAAAUUGAAAAUUAAAAAAUCUUCCGCAAGA